AUGGCAACUCCAUUCCUUCGUUUACAAAGCCGCGGGCUUGGAUCCCAGCUCCGGAGCUUCAGCUCCACCUCACGUCAGAAUGCGGCCACGGUCAAGAGCUUGGGUGUAAUCGGCUCGGGACAGAUGGGUCUCGGUAUUGCGCUGGUGGCGGCACAAAAGGCUGGCGUUCCUGUCACGCUCGUGGAUACGUCAAAAGCUGCCUUAGACAAGGGACUCGCCUUCGCUGACAAGCUCCUUGCAAAGGACGUUUCCAAGUCUAGAAUUACGCAGGAACAGGCGGACAAGGCCCGCUCUCUCCUGACUUCCAGCACUUCUAUCGAAGAUCUUGGUGACAUUGAUUUUGUUAUCGAGGCCGUGCCAGAGAUUCCCCAGCUCAAGUUUGACAUUUUUGCCAAGCUGGCCGAGGUUUGUCCGAAGCAUGCUAUCCUCGCUACCAACACGUCUUCCAUCUCCAUCACUCGGAUCGCCGCGGCUACGACCAAGGACCCCAAGGACACCUCGGCAAGCUCGCGUGUAGUAUCAACCCACUUCAUGAACCCUGUUCCAGUUCAGAAGGGCGUUGAGAUCAUCAGCGGACUGCAGACUUCACCAGAGACCCUCGAGACUGCCGUUGAGUUCUGCAAGGCCAUGGGCAAGAUAGCAUCGGCCGUCAUCUGCCUCGAAACAGGUGUUGGGGACCGUGAUUCUAUUGACUCCAUCAUGAAGAAUGGCACCAACGUUCCGAUGGGCCCGCUUCAGCUCGCCGAUUUCAUUGGCCUCGACACUUGUCUCGCCAUCAUGAGGGUGCUGUACGAGGAGACUGCUGAUUCCAAGUAUAGACCCAGCGUCUUGCUCAAAAAGAUGGUGGAUGCCGGCUGGCUAGGUAAGAAGAGUGGCAGGGGUUUCUAUGAAUAUUAA